GAAAUUAAUUGUUGGUGAUAAUGCAAGAAAGACCAUUUUAUGGUUAUCAUGAGAACGAAGAAGAGUUUAUUAAGAUGGAGUUGUACAAUCCAAGAAUAAUUCCCAAACUUGUUGAUCUUCUUCAGAAUGGAGCUAUAUUGAACAAGUCAUUUCAACCACACGCUCAUGUUCCUUAUAUUCUACAGUUUCUAAUUGAUUACAAUCUUUAUGGUAUGAACUUACUUCAUGUAAGAAAAGUUCAUUUUAGAGGAAUUUCUUCAAAAACAGAUAAAAAUCUUUCAUAUAAUAAUAAAUCAAUUCCACUUCAUGGUUCAUCUCCAAAUUCAUUUCUCAAUUUUCCUUCAUCUCAACACUGGAAUGAAGACACUAUUCCUAGAAAUUUAUGCCUGGAUCCUACUGUGAAAAAAGUCAGUCGUUGUGAACUUGAAGUUGAUGUAAUUGCUGAAGACAUCUUGAAUCAAAUAAAUGUUGAAAGUUGUAUUGGUCAUAAUCCUGGUAUAACUGCUAUGUGGGAAGAUGAAAGACAACGAAGACGAGAUAUUGGACUAUCUUCACAAGUUGCUCUUCCUGUUUCACAAGAAGGUAGUGAUGAUGAACAUGAUGAAGAUAUUGAUGAAGAUAAAGAAUCAAUAUUAAUGUCACAGCCAUUUUGGAAAGAUGAUGAAGAAGAACAUGAUUCCCAAAGUUUGGAGGAUGAAGAGGAAAUGGACUGAUAACCUUUACGUAUGUCUCAAGUAGGAUGUCCUGGUGAUAACGAGGUCU